CCAGAUUCCAAGAUGGUGGUCAACAUUUUUCAAAUUUCAUAAUUUCUCCUUCAUAUCUGGAUGUUUGCAUUUACAUGAUUCAUCCAUAAUGCCGAAGCCAACCAAUAGGAUGGACAUUGAACCUGGAAUAUUGGCUGAUAUUGCUAGGCCCCCUAGAAACACAUCAAGGACUGGUAGUAGAGCAUCUCUUAAUGAAACUCCAGACAUCAACAGAAGGAGUCUUAAUAAUUACCAGUCCAUAGAAGUGUUACCUCCUGACAAUUAUGGAAAUGAAGAGGGUUCUGAUAUUGAAGUUGAAGAUUUGACAUCAUCAGACAACAGUGAUCUAGAUAGUGAUUUUGAAGAGAACAUGACACAAGGUGCACAAGGAAGAAUACAAAUCAGCUCUGCAAAGACGGAUGAUGAGAAACACAAUGAAAUGCUACAAGAAUACAACAGCUUACGGCAAUUGUUGCCAGUUGGAGGUGAUAAUGAUGAUGAUGAUGUUGACAGUGAUGAGGAAAGAGAUAUCAUCAAGCAGAUAAGAGAUGAGAUAAAGAAUCAAGUCAAGGGAGAAAUGAAAGAGGAGCUAGCUCAAUAUUCAAUUAAGGAGAAACCUGAAGAUGACUCUAAAAAAAUUGAGAGUGACCUUGAUAACCUUGAACCCAAAAUAAGGGAAGGAAUAUUGAAGAUACGGAAAUACGACAGAAUACUCAAUAAGAGAAUAAAGCGAGAGAAAGAAGUAAAGAAAGACAGAAUUCUUUUGAUGAAAAGGCUGAAAGAAGAGAUUGAGAAUAUUCGUCCUGAGGGGAGGGAGGAACAGAGAGAGGUGAAAUAUAACAUGCAUAAGUUCUUGGCCCUAGCUCCACCCCCUAGCCAUAAUGAAGGUGUAGAUCUAAGAGAAGAUGUGGCUGCAGGGACCCCUAUAUUCCAGACACAGUUCAUAGACCCUGACCAGGCUGCUAAUGCAAGGAGACACCAUGGGGCAAAAGGGGGCAACACUGACAGUCCAUCUGGGGCUACCUCUAGCAGAAUGUCAGAUGCCAGCACAGAGAUACCCUUUGAUGAAGAGGACGGAGACUCCAAAAUGGGUAGCAGCAAACAUUCCAGAAAUAAAAAUCACAAAAAGAAAAAGAAAGAUUUUCUCAAGAGGAACAUAGAGCUUGCCUCUGAUGCUGCCAAUACUAUAGCUAUGACUGAUGAUGAGAAGAAACACCUAGAAGAGUUGCUCACAGAUAUAGAUGCUCUACCUGACUUACCUGAGGAGGUGGAUAACUCAACGAUUGAUUCUAAUCCAUUCGCUGUAACGGUGCACCCUGGGGAAGGCUACAUGCCAGAGGAAACAGAUAUAAGACGUCUAACAAGCAUUGAUUCUAGACUCAAAGAGCUCUUGCCUCCUGAAGAUUUUGAACAGAUAAAUAGCACCCCCAGAUCCACUAACUCUCAACAGAGUCACUUAUUUACGCGGACAGAUCUGAGGUCCUCCCAGGAGGUGGAAAAACUGGGGGAGAGGGCUCUACAGGAGGGUAAAGACAACAGGGAUAUAAAACAGAGACUCAAUGAUAUAGAACUAGAGUUACAGAAUCUCACAUCUGCUGUUGAAUUGGAGAUUGAAUCCCCAGCUUUGUCAGAAGUCCAGCUUCAAGAUCUGUUAGACCAGUGCUCUAGAACAAUGUCCAGGGUUACCAUAGAAACCAAUUCACUAGUUCAAUCUCCAAGAUCUCAAGCCAGCUCAAGAAGCAGUAUUUAUGAGAACCCUCCAAAGUUGCCAGAAGCAACUCUCCAAGCCCUCCUUGCGGAUGCCAGGGCAUCCUUAGGUACUAGUCGUCUCUCUGCUGUUACAGAGGAAAGUAAUGCCAUAACUACCCCUGAUACAACCAGAUACCUGGGUGAUGUCACCAGCAGGGAAAAUAUAACAGCCAAUGAAGAUAACCUUGUUGUUGAAUCUAUAUCAGAGGAAACAUUAAGGGAACUUCUAAAAGAUUCUCGAACUACUUCACGAUCUGCCUCCCGCUCAAGCCAUUCCUCCAUCAUAGAUGAGUACGACCUAUCCAACCAAUCAGAUACAUACUUGAAUAAUUACUCGUCACGCCCAACAAGCUCCCAAUCACCAAGACUCAAACUGCCAGAAAUCAACCAAAAUCAGUUUAUGAGCACUCAGAAAUUAACCAAUGAAAUACAAGGCCAAAGGUCAAGACCAGGAAGUAGGGGUCAUGUCAAAACAAACAAUGAGGAUCAUGGAUCAAAGCGACAAGGAUCAGUAAAUAGUGGUAGAAGUUCCACAAACUUAUUACAUAAUGUCUUAUUAUCAGAUUCUCUGGAUUUUAAAUCUGACGAGUCCCCUGAGAGGGGGCAGUCUGCCCAUAGUCCACACCCUCCAGGGACAGGAAGGAAGUCAUCUGCAGGGAAACAGAAUAGAACAUAUUCUCCUGCCAUAAAUAGACAACCGUCAUCAGAUUUGGACUGAACUAUGUUUUGUUCUAAUGAUAGAUGGAAGUGAAGUGUAGUCCUGUAAAGUUAAGCAUUGGCUCUCCAAGUAAAGCAUUGGCUCUCCAAGUCCAACUGCUGAAAGCCAAAUAUGGCUUCCAUGAUUGCACAUUGUCAUGUUGCCUGAAUUAUAUUAAUUUAUUAUAUUGCUGAAUGCUCAAUUGCACAAGCCGUCCAUACUCAGCUUGUAUUUGCGAAUGGAACUAAUGCCUGACAACCACCGGAUUAAUCUACUAUUUCAUGACCAACUCAUUUAAAUAU